AGAAACCCUGUGGUUUUCCUCAUGUGGAAAAUGGAAGGAUUGCUCAGUAUUACUAUACUUUUAAAAGCUUUUACUUUCCAAUGAGUAUAGACAAAAAAUUGUCAUUUUUCUGCUUGGCUGGUUACACAACUGAAACCGGGAAACAAGAAGAGCGAACCACAUGCACAGCAGAAGGCUGGUCUCCAGAACCAAGGUGCUUCAAAAAGUGCGCUAAGCCUGAUCUCAGAAAUGGUUAUAUCUCUGAUUUAAAGUUACUAUACAAAAUUCAAGAAAGCAUGCGUUAUGGUUGUGACUCAGGUUAUAAAACCCCUGAAGGAAAGGAUGAAGAAGUGGUUCAAUGUCUUUCUGAUGGAUGGUCUUCCCAACCAACCUGUAGGGGAGAACACGAAACAUGUUUGGCUCCUGAAUUAUAUAAUGGAAAUUAUUCCACAACACAGAAAACCUUCAAAGUGAAUGAAAUAGUACAAUACGUAUGUGCUCCUGGCUACUACACAGCUGGAGGAAAGAAGAUAGAGGAGGUGGAGUGUCACACAUACGGAUGGUCUCUCACACCGAAAUGCACCAAAUUGAAGUGCUCUUCUUUAAGAUUAAUAGAAAAUGGUUAUUUUCAUCCUGUAAAGCAGAUCUAUGAAGAAGGAGAUGUAGUUCAGUUUUUCUGUCAUGCAAAUUAUUAUCUGAGUGGAUCUGAUUUAAUUCAAUGCUAUAACUUUGGUUGGUACCCAGAAUCUCCUGUAUGUGAAGGAAGAAGAAAUCGAUGUCCUCCUCCACCACUGCCUCUAAACUCCAAAAUUCAAACACAUUCAACAACUUACCGUCAUGGAGAAAUAGUUCAUAUAGAGUGUGAACUUAAUUUUGAGAUUCAGGGGUCAGAAGAAAUACAUUGUAAAAAUGGAAAAUGGACAGAACCUCCAAAAUGCAUUGAAGGAAAGGAGAAGGUAGCAUGUGAGGAACCACCCUCCAUUGAGAAUGGUAUGGCAAACCUACACUCUAAGAUUUAUUACAAUGGGGAUAAAGUGACAUAUGGAUGUGAUAGCGGCUACUAUCUUCAUGGAUCAAAUGAGAUAACUUGUAUUCAUGGAAAAUGGACACAUCACCCUGAGUGUGUUGAAAAUAAUGAAAAUUGUAAGCCUCCACCUACUGUAAUAAAUGGAGCUCUUGUGGAUUUGUUAUUGGCAAGUUAUACAACAGGAUCCUCAGUGGAAUACAGAUGCAAUGAAUAUUACUUAUUGAAAGGAUCAAAAAUAUCUCAUUGUGAGCAAGGAAAAUGGUCAUCCCCACCUGUUUGCUUAGAACCGUGUACUGUUAAUGUGGAUAACAUGAACAGAAAUAACAUAGAGAUGAAGUGGAACUAUGAAGGAAAAGUCUUACAUGGAGAUUUAAUAGAUUUUGUAUGUAAACAGGGAUAUGACUUAUCUCCAUCAGCCCAAUUGUCUGAGUUAUCUGUGCAGUGCAAUAGAGGAGAAGUGAAAUAUCCUCUAUGUGUCAGAAAAGAAUCUAAAGAAAAGUGUGCAUCUCCUCCAGUUAUUAAAAAUGGAGUCAUUGUUGGUUCAACAAUAGGCACCUAUGAAAAUGGUUCCUCAAUAGAGUACACGUGUUUUGAUCACCAUUUCCUACAAGGGUCUAGGGAGAUCUAUUGUUUAGAGGGAGUUUGGACUAUGCCACCACUAUGUUUAGAACCUUGCACAUUAUCUUCUGACGACAUGGAAAAGAAUAAUUUACUCCUGAAAUGGAAUUUUGACAAUAGACCAUAUAUUUUCCAUGGCGAGUAUAUUGAUUUUCUUUGUAGGGGAGGUACUUAUGUAGUUAAGUCCUCUAUUAUUGGAUCUGAACUUCGAGUGCAAUGUGACAGAGGGCAGUUAAAUUAUCCAAGAUGUAUUCCAAGAGAAAGGAUUCUGUCUUAUCAAGAACCCCUGAGGACCUAA